UGCUCUUCUUUGCAUCUUUAAACCACACAACAGUACGUCACCUGGAGCAACCAAAACCGAUAGUGCAGCUUCGCAUGCCUGCUACGUCGCACGCGGACACACGCGUCGGUCCCACUGCGUCGGCACUUCACACACCUGCGCAAAUCGCUGAAAGAAAUCGACAGCGUCUAUCCACUCUCAGCCGUGAGUGCGCUGCCGGCGCGCGCAUGCGCACUCACAACGUCAGCGUCGCCUGGCAACGCCGAAUCCUCGUCGUCGAAAGCCACAAGCUGCUUUACUGCUCCGUGCCGAAAGUCGGCAACACCAACUGGAAGCGUGUGCUGCUGUCGCUGCUCACGGAGGCGGCGCCGCUGACGAUAUCGUUCCACACUGCGCAUCACUCCGCAGAUCGGCUGCGAACGCUGGAUAGCUACCCGGCGGCGACGCGCCGCGCUAUGCUGCGCUCCUUCUACAAGUUCGUGUUCGUGCGCGAGCCGUACGAGCGCUUCCUGUCGGCGUUCCGUAAUAAAGUUCUCGGAAUCGGCGGCGCAGACGAAGCGUACGCGAGACUCGUCGGCGGCGCCAUCUGGCGCGCGCGAGGCAACGUCACGCAGACGACAAUCUGGUCCGAACUGCGGCGACACCCGCCGACGUUCGCCGAGUUCAUUCGCUACGUCGUCGCGCGCUGGAAGCGACGCGGCUCGCUCGACAAGCAUUGGACGCCCGUUGCCGACCUGUGCAGCGUCUGCGACGUCGGAUACGACUUCGUCGGCAAGUUGGAGACGGUCGACGAGGACGCGAGUUACUUGCUGCGCGCGUUAGGGGUCGGCGACCGGGUCGCGUAUCCGUCCAAGGUCACGAGCGGCUACAAGGUCAACGAGUCGACGACGAAGGCGAUGAGGUCGGAGUACGGACGGCUGACGACGAUUGAGCGCGAUCGCGUGCGAGAGCUGUUCGCGAGGGACUUCACGUUGUUUGGAUACGAUCCGACAUUCUAACGGAAGAAUGUAACAUCUACUGGAACAUCGUGGAACAUUUACUGGAAUUCCUUCUAUUACCAGUGCCCUGUACACCUGGAGACCUGGAGUGUUUCAUCCACAGUGCCAAGUCCUGUGUGCUGCAGUGGCUAGGUCGAGCGUAGUGUAGUGACCCGAGAAGAAGAAGAAGACG